AUGGACUCGAAGCUUUCAUGGAAAAGGAACACGGAGGAAAAGGGUGAUAAAGAGAAUUCGAUGCUAUUCUUAGUGAUUGCAUGGUGUGUAGGGAUCUUGCAAAGCCAUGCCGAAAGUUGCAAAAUCCGAGAUUUACGAAAAAAAAAAUACGACGAGGGAGACAUUACCAAAGCUUUGCAAGCAAUUGCUGAAGGAUCAAGCGAAAGGAAAGCAGCGGUGCAAUUUCGUGUUCCUAGAUCAACUCUGCAAUUUCGAUCGAGUGGAAAAUUUAAUAACAAAACGACGCCUGGUCCAGCUCCAGUGCUCUCCCAUGAAGAGGAAAAUAUUGUUAAGGACUGGAUUAAAACAAGCCAAACAAAAGGUUUCCCACUGCAUGUAGAAGAUGUUCAGCUUAGCGUCAAGCAGUUCUUGGACGAAAAUCCACGACCAAAUGUACCUUUUCUUGGAAACAAACCAGGAAGAGGUUGGUUUAGAGCAUUUCUUAGAAGACAUCCAGAUAUUACAUUAAGAACCCCCGAAGCUAUUACAGCAGCUAGUUCCAAUGUUUCCGAAAGUGAUAUACGCAAAUGGUUUACCGACAUUGAAACCUACUUGGUUGAGAAAGGAUACGAUAGCAUUUUACAAGACCCAUCCCGAGUAUUCAACGGAGAUGAAACUUGUUUUCUGCUAUGUCCGCAAAAUAAGCGUGUUUUAGCUGCUAGGGGCUCAAGAAAUGUGUAUCAAAUAGAACAUAAUUCUAAAUUUAGUUUAACUGUUAUGUUUACCUUUUCGGCAGCAGGUGAAGUAACUCCACCAAUGAUCAUUUUUCCUUAUAAAAGAAUACCUGCACAAGUAUCUAAUUCUGUUCCUGGAGAAUGGGGUGUAGGGUGUAGCGAUAAUGGGUGGAUGAAAAAUGAAAACUUUUAUGAAUACAUCGGGAAUGUCCUCUAUAAAUCUUUAGUGGAAAAAGGCACUACGUUUCCAAUAAUUUUGUUUGUCGAUGGUCACGUAACGCAUCUUACAUACCAAACUAGCCAACUUUGUUCCAGACUGGGUAUUAUUCUUAUCGCAUUAUAUCCAAAUUCCACUAGAAUCAUGCAACCGGCAGAUGUAUCGGCAUUUAAACCGUUAAAAGUUUAUUGGAGUAAAGCAGUGCAAAAAUUCCAUAGAGAUUAUCCAAAGAGCGUAGUAACAAAAGAAAAUUUUGCUCCUAUAAAGAUUAUUAAACUUGAGGACAUUCCCAUAGUUUUAGAAGAAGAACUGAAUGGAAAAAUAGUUCCGAAUGUCGUAAUGGAUGUAAUUCCAUCUAGUACAAGUAAUAUAAGUAGCAUCGAUAAUUUAGACGUUAUUGCAGAUACUGAAAAACCAACAUGUUCGUUCGAAUUAAGUGAAGCAAAUACAUCCUUAAGCAAAUAUUUUUUCUGGCCAAAGACGCCAGAAAGGAAGGGCAAGAGACAAAAUGAAAAACUUCCAUUUGUUUUAACAUCAACGGUUCGAAAAAAUGUCGAAAAGGCAAAAAUAGAAAGAAAAGAGUAUGAACUGAAGGAAAAGACGAGGCGGAAGGAAGAACGCAUAAAAAAACAGAAUCUAAAAAAAGAGUCUAAAGAAAACAUGAUUAAAAAGACAACUAUGAAAAAAAAAUCCAAAAUAGUAAAAAAAGAUAAAAACGUUAACAAACCAUUUCUGGAAGAAAAUAUCACUAAUAAUAACUUUGUUGAAGAACAGAAUAAAAUUGAUUCAUGUUCAUCAAGUCAAAUUCCAGUUAUAUUAAAAAACCUGGAUUCAAAAGGAAAGAUUAAGGAAAAUUCCAUAAAUCCUAUAAAAGAAACUCUUACAAAAAACAGGGUAAGGAUACAUUUGCCGGAAAAUAGCUCUUCAGCUAAAAAAAAGAAAAGUUCAGAAGGCCUGAAGUGCAAGUAA